AGUAGAUCUUUUAUGGCCGCUACAUUUAAAUAUGCUAAAUAUACUCGUGUAAAUUUAGACCAUUUCAAUUAUCAAAAUAAAUUAGAAUUUAUGUUAUUUGGCAUCAGUCUAUUGGAUAUGGGAUACACGACUAUUCAUGGUCAUCCGAUUCAAGGAGAAGGAUGUAAAGUAGUUGUGAAUGAUCAAUAUCAUAUGCAACGAUCUGGUUCUGAUAAUGCUACAAUUAGUCGAAUUGAUCUUAUUGUUGUGAAGAAAAUUAUAGGUUAUGUUCUAAUAUUCCUUUUAACAUGGACCCCCAGUGUUGUUUUUUUCAUAACUCAAAUGUUUCAAUACGAAAAUAUAUGGAUUUAUACUGCAACGGUAAUUUCUAUAAAUUUGGGUGGACUAGGAAAUGCGAUCCUAUAUAUUUCAUAUGAAAGUUGGAAAAAUAGAUAUGACAAUGGAAAUAUUUCCAUUAAGAGUAACUCUAGUGCAGUUAGCGAAAGCAGUCAAGAAUCACAUCCUCAAACAACGCAAAAGCAAUCAAGAACUACAUCCUCAAAUAACAGUUUAUAA